UAGAAAUAUCGGAACGUAAAUCACCGUACCAACCUCACCCCACCCACGGUUAGGCGCCCAGAUCGAAAAAGGAAUCUCAGCAACCAGAUCGAAAAAGGAAUCUCAGCACUAUUCCUAAUGCCCCGUAAUUUACCUCCUCCGGCGGGGCGCUGGGGGCGACGUCCUACGGCUAGUGGUCGCCGGAUUGCGUUGCGUGGCGGCGGCGAGUACGAUGGCUUCGGAGAUCGAGGUGGUGGACGAGGGGGCCGAGGUCGCGGGAGGAGCAGCGCCCGGCGAGAGCGGACGAGUAGUCUUCCAGGAACGACGUGCGCACUGCAGCUGCGUACGGCGAUCUGGAGAAACUCCAGCGCCUGGUGGAGGCGGAGGGGGUGCUCCGUCUCCGAGCCGGACGGGGCCGGGUACUACUGCGCCCUCCAGCGGGCGGCUCUCAACAACCGCACCGCCGCCGUCCAAUGCAUCAUCUAGCAUAGAGGAGAUGCAAACGCCACUGACAACACGCGGCAAACAGCACUCCCAUUGGAGUGCAGUGCGAGGACACAUCCAGGAACCUUUACUAAAGACAGAAUUAAAUCACCCUUCACUGUUGGCUGGAAAUUGGUCCCAGCUGUGUGCAACAUGCAAGAUUGUCAGGCCAGUACGCGCGAAGCAUUGUUCCACUUGCGAUCCUUGCGUCGAACAGUUUGAUCAUCAUUCUCCUUGGGUAUCUAAUUGUAAUGGCAAGAGAAAUAAGUGGGACUUCUUGAUGUUUCUCCUUCUUGAAGUUUCUGUCAUGAUUAUUACUGGUUUAGUUGCCAUUACGAGAAUAGUGAGGGAUCCUUCCGUGCGUUCUUUAGGUGGAUGGUCGAGUCAUAAUACAACAGAGCAUCCAAGAGCCGUAGCAUUUCUAGUAAUGGACCAUUUUCUUUUCUUCGGAGUGGCGGUUUUACUUUUGUCCAAGCAUCCCAGUCGAGGUUUGCAGGCAGAUGAACUGUACGACGUUCUUCGAUCUGUUGCUUUAGAUAACCCAAAGAGAACCUAUAUCUCACCAUUUGCUGCAGCCAACAUUAUUUCUCGUCUUCCAGAUCUCGCGGAACAUAACAGCCAAUGAAAUGGCAAAUGCUAGGAGAUACAGCUAUCUUAGAGGGCCAGACGGGCAGUUCAGAAACCCGUUUGAUCAUGGAAUUCGCUAAAACUGCUCGGAUUUCCUUUUCAAAGGAUACAAUGAAGAUGAGGAGGUGAAGGAACCGACACCGCCAUCCGAAAAGACGGGGAUGACUCAGAUGACCGGAAACUUGAAUUUGCAGAACGGAGAGCUGCAUUAAGUAAAUGGACAUGGCGACUGUCAUGCCUGUGUCGAUGUUCAAGUUAAUGGGCACGAUAAUCCCUCCAAGUGCUGCAAUGAAAGAAGCAAGAGUGACAGCAUGCCUCUCGGGCUUGGCUCAGGCCUCGGUGGUCGAAACAAUCGGCACAACUUGAGGAUUCUUCCAUUGUGAUGCUCAAUGCUGCAGGAGCUUCAACUUCUUCUUCAUCAUGAUCAUAACUAUUGAAAUGGUUUGUUGCAUUCUUGAGGGAGUCUAGACCAAGACUAUUGUAUCGUCUGGAAGCAGUUUUGCCUUAUUCUUUGACCUCAUGGGUGUUCCGCCGAACGAUAAGAUUGUUUAUGCCAAAGAACAUUCUCGGAUAA